UGACAGUCGGCUGGGGCGUGAGUGGUAGGAGGUGAGGCUGCGUGUCUAGGAUGAGUGAAGAAGGUGAGGCUGGAAAGGUAGCAGGGGUGAUCCAGGAGCCUAAGGCAUGGGAAAGUAUUUAGAUUUUAUUGGUUUUACGUGUAAGAGAAGGCCAUGGAAGAUUUAUUUAGAAAAAAGAUUACUCUGAUUGCUGUCUGGAGAAAUAGACCAUAGGAUUGCAAGGGAGGUAAUGUAGGAGAUUCUUUAACAAGAAGUGAUGAAGGCAGCUUGGACUAUAGGAUCACCCUGAAGAUGGUCAGAAGUGACAGGACUUGGGUUUUAUUUUGAAGACAGAGUGCACAGGACUUGAUAAUGGAUUAGAUCUGCAGAAUGAGGGAAAGAGGUGAACCCUACAUUUUGCCCUGAACAAUGGGGUGAAUUAUGGUAUUUAUCAAAAAGUGCAAGACACAGAAAGAGGUAGGUUUGGGGCUGGAAAUGAGGAAUUUCAUUUGGGCUUUUUAUGGGCUUUUCCUGAUCUCCUUUUCUCCCCUUGCUUUUCAGGUAUUACUAGCUACAGGGGCUGAAGAAGGAGCAAUCAGGCUAGGGUUUAAAGAGGCACUGGGACUGAGCUAGGGAGGUAACUAGCAUGAGUGCUAAACUGGUUACAUGCAGGGGAUUGAGCAAAUAAGUAAAUAUAUUGAGGGUAAAGGGAACUAAGUUUAUCAUCAACAGAUAAUGGAUUUGUAAAUGUGGAAAGGGCGAAGAUUAAAUAGAACCUUGGGGUGUUAGACCAGAAUUGGAAGAAUUAAUGUAAACUCGUGGUUUUGGAAACAUGUACAUGUAGAUGAUAAUAUAGAUACUCGCAUACACACCCAGAAAGCCUAGGAGCAGUUGAUCACGUAUCAGCAGUGAGUUUGCCACGUGCCUCGAUUCUCGUUUGUAAAUUCCAUUCUCUACUCAAAAGGAACCAAGGCUCCUUGAGAAAUUGUUAAUUCCAGGAUAAGUACAAAAUGACCUUGGAAAACAUAUUUGUGCUAGAAAGUAAGGAAACACUAAGCACGAUGGGAGCAUUUCAAGUUACAGGACCCAGCUUGAAGGGACUCUCACUGGCCAAAUUUUGGACAAUUUGAGCAAGAGACUAAAUGAUGGUGAUGGGUAUACAUUAAAUAAAUGAGAGAGAAGGAAAGUUUUAUUGUUGUUGUUUACAGUAGGAUGCCUGAUAAAUGAAGGAAUGAUGGAGUUAAAAAUUCACCAUUUGGCAACCACUGUGGUGGUGGUUGAUUCAAGUGGGAGUUAUUAAUAGAUGCUAAUGUUGGUGUGGGGCUGUUUGAUGAGAAACAGAGUAUUGAUGUAGUCUUGAGCUAUCUCCUCCAAAAUAUAUAUUAAUUAUAGAGGGAAAGCUGGUGACCAGAUGAUUGAGUGGUGGGCUAUAGUCACAUCAAGUGCCUCUCAGGGAGAAAUACUGAGAAGAGCACCACAUCCUUGCAGACAAAAUUGUAUUCCUAAGGACAUCCCAGCCUGAGCCUGGAUAAGAAGAGACAUUGACAGAUGCUGGUUGGGGGAUGUGGUAGGGAGGGACAGGUCUGGACUCUUAUUAUUAUGUGAUAAAUAACUUCGUGGAUGAAAUUCUGUAUUUAAGAGUAUUCCUUAGACUAGAGUUCUAAGAAUGGAGUAACUUGAUCAAAUAAGAAAGUUUAAAGACUCUCAAAAAGUAUAGUCAAAUUAUAUCCCCAAAAUCUAGCACCAAUUUACAUUCAUGCUAGUGGUAUAUAAAAAGGACCCAUUAUAUUAGCUCAAAAUAGCAAUGAGUUCAUUUGCAUACAUUUAAAAAUAAAGAUACAAUAAACCAGAAAGUCUUAGAAAUGACCCAUUUCAACUUGCCUAAGAGCAGGAAUUAGAUAUCUCUGAUGCAAGAAUAUCUUCUGUGGCAUCCUUCACAGCUGUUCAUCACACCCCCGCAUAAACAUUUUCAAUGAAAGUUUAUGGAUUUUAUGUUUUUUCACAGUGGCUAAAUGAUUAUUAAAAUUUUAGGGCUUUCCAAAUUACUAAAGGAAAAUUUGUCUUUUAUAAUGUUAUUAACCUAUGUGAUAACCUACAGAAAACAUCUACUGAUAAUGGGUUCUCAAAGUGUAAGGAAUGAAUAGAACUUAAAAGUUCACUCAUACUUUAUAAAAGAAAAAUAUAUUGAUAGAAGGAACAACAGAAGGAGUAAAUAGUAUUCCUGUUAUUUAUUUGUGAUAAUAUUAAAAAUACUUUUCAAAUAGAUAGGCAUGUGAAAUAUAUUAUGUGUUAAUAUUUCAAAAUUACUUGGAAUAUGAAGUUAGCUUAUGUACAUAAAUAAGGAAAAUAUAGACCAAGGUAGCUGAAUGCGAACACAGAAUAUCAGCAUUCAUUUAUCUCAUGAGGAGUUACUCAGUGAGUAUUUGAAUUCCAUCUGUGAAACAAUUUGUGUGAUAACAUAUUUUCUGAAAGAAUUAAUCACUUGUCUUAUUAUUUCCCUAUGUAUAAAAAACAUUGUCCACAGCUAUCCAUAGGUCAAGUCUAAAUAUCAUUAAAAUUAGUUUUGCAAUGAGAAGUCUUUAUUGUAUAGUUGGUAACGUCUGUUGAAUUUUCAUUGAUUUGGAAAUGAUGUGGCUUGUGUUUGGAAUUAAGCUAUUAGAAUAUUCUACCAAAAUAACUCUGCUUUGUAUAGUAGUGAAUAAAUCAUCAUUCAAGAGUCUAACAAGAUUUGACUAAUAUGAACUCUACUUUGAAUUUUGGAUGUUCCUGUCAAACCAAAAUACCCUCAAAUUACAUAGGGUUUUCAUUUGGUAUUUAGUGUGGAACUUUUGAUAAGUUCAUGUUUUUACUUGAUCACAUUGAGCAUAUUUGGGGUUGAUCUUUAUCUGUGCCCUAUUCUAAUGCUUAAUGUAAGUCCUUUAUUUACUCAUUGUUUUGUAUUGAAAUAUUCAUGCUUAUUUUGACUUAGGUUACUUAGUAUUAAGAAAUAUGACAGACAUUAUCUUCAUUUGAAUAGUAAGCAUUUGAAAAUUAAAAUUUUUUAUUUUAUUAAAAUUUGAAUAACUGAAUUUAAGCUAACUGCAAUGUCCAUUGGACUUUUUUGCUGAGACCCCAAUUUUCCCAAUCGUAUUCUGAGUCCAGCCAGUAGAGAAUGUAGUUUGGUUAGAACAUCGUGUGUAAGUAAUUAAGUAUGUGCCACUACCUGAGUAUGUCUUAGAUAGUAAAAAAUAAGUGAUUUAAUGUGUUCAUUAUUUGCUAUCAUCCAUACUGUUUUCUCCCACAUUAGUGUAGGUAAUUGAUUCCAUUAUCUAUUUUUGUUGUCUCACCUAGGUAAUGACAAAUUGAUACAUGGGAGAGUUUAUUCUUAGAAAAGGAAUGAUUUUGGUUUACUAUUUAUGAUGUGUAUCUGAACAAUGUAAAGUGUUAUAGAUUCCUAUUUUAAAUAUACAAGGAGUUCAUAAGAAAUACUCUGUGUUUCAGGUAAAAAUAAGCUGUCUAAAAUUUGAGUAGGCUUUUGUUUUAAACUUGAUUCAUUUAUUUUCACUAAAGUAGCAGAUUCAGUAAUACCCCAUUUAUCUGGUUAUUUUCCAGAAUAAGAUGGAAUUUUCCAGGUAACUGAUCAUAAAUUAGUUUUCCAGAUAACUGAAUCUUAAACCUUCAAGGACUAAAUCCUAUAAAUUUAACUAUUUUUGAUGGAAAUUUUUAUAGAACAUAACUUUCUAACCUUACUUUUCUGUAUCUUUUAAAUCAGAGGAUACUCAAUGUAAUUUGAUCUGUUUUCUGGCUUAGGACUACUGUUUUUUCCACCUUCAGUACCUAUUCUUUCUCCCUUGAUGAUUUUUGCUUUUUAUUCCCUGUGGUUUGUGAACCCAAAGUUGUUAGAAAUUAUUGUUUAUGGUAGCUCAGAGUGAAGAUGCAAGGAAGAAAGUGUAUUUUUUAGUGUGGUUCUUUUUUGUUAGUUAUGUCAGCCAUUCACGUCUUCCCACGUUGCUUCUGGCUUUGAUGCUUUGCUCUGAAAGGUUGCUUAAUGGGAGGUCACUGACUCAUGGCAUGUUAGGUCUCACCUGGGAGCUUUACCUUCUCUUCAUGGUUGAGUAAAUUGAGCCCUAAGAGUAUCAUGGGAAUCACUCAAGCUUACACUUGUUAAGUGUUAGAACCUUGGGUUUAAGACUCAAGUCUUCUGUCUCCAAGUCUCUGUUCUUUCUUAGCGGGAUUCUUGUUACUCACUUUCUUACCUGUGUUGAAAACUAGAGUCAUCCUAGACUCCUCUGCACUCUGCAUUUAAAAAGGGUGACUAAAGCCUUGUCUAGUUUACUGCAAUCUCUAGCAUUGUAGUUCCUCUGCGUUCUUGUCACAUUGCCCUGUUUCAGGCCCUUGUCAUCUUUAGCCCUCCUUCCCUCCUUGUUCUGCUCCCUGCCUCUGGACUGAUUCUCAAACACAACAUGCAUUUGGCCAACAUCAGCACUCAGAAAAAAUAGCAAAAAUGUGGUAGUGGAGAGGGAGACACUGUACAAACAUGAACACCUGAAGGGCAGAGAAUAAGUACCAAUGGGCAGAAAAAUCAAAAUAGUUCAGUUAUUCAAUUGAACUAUGCAUGUAUUAGAUCGGAAGGAAAUGAUUCCAGCAUUAUAUCCAACCUAAACCAUGUGAUGAAGGUAGAGUUUGAUACAGCGAAAACCCUGAGUGCAUGUGGUGUGGAACAUAGACAUCUCUCUUACCACUCUCUGAAGAUUAAUGUCACUGCUGAUAAAACUCUGAUUAGAAUCCUAUUUCCAACACACGGCAAUACUAAAUAAAUAGUACUGACAAGGCUGAAGGAUGUGAGCUCUACUACGUGAAUUGAAAAGUUGAAUUAAAAGACGCAUUGAUAAAGAUGAGAGGAAACUGAUUACUCAGACUUGAAAAGGAAAGUUCAAGGGAGGACUUCCAUUUGGCUUCAAAAUAUAUAAAUUUUAUUAUUCCAAGGGUGCCACCAACAUAAAGUCUAUGUGUCUAGGCAGUAAGGGCUAAUGUUUAUAAGCAGUGUUUUAAAUGUAAAUAUUUUAAUUUUUAUCAACGGAAUAUAUUUAUGAUAUGAAAUCAGUUAUCCCUUAAGUCUAUAAUGAAAAAUGGUAGUACUGGAUACUCUGUUUAUCCUUAAAAUGUGGAAAUUCAUGUCUGGGAAAUAUUUUUGGUAUUAUGUCUUUGAUAACUUUCUUCUCUUUUUGUCUUUUAUCUUUUUUUCAGAACUCUUGCUAGUUUCCUCUUGAAUUUGCUGGAUUGAUCUUCCUGUUUUCAUCUAUUUUUGUUUCAUCCAUCUCUUUGGCUGCUCUUCCCCCACCCCAUUCCUUGUUUCACAAUAUUUUUUCUUAGUUAUGUGAAGACAUUCAAUUUAUUUCCUUUCUCUUUCUUUGUUGCAUGUUUCUUCUUGCUUCCUUUUAUUUAAAAAUUUGUUUUAUUUUAUUGUGAUAAGGACACAACUUGAGAUCUACCCUCUUAACAUAUUUUUUUAGGUGUCGAAUGCAGUGUUGUGAUUAUAGGCACAAUGUUGUACAGCAGAUCUCUGAAACUUCCUCAUCUUGCGUUAUUGGAACUUUAUACCUUUUCAUUAGCAAAUCCUUGCAUUUGUCCUCCCUGCCCCACAUUGUUCUGUUCUCUGCUUCUAUUAGUUUUACUAUUGUAGUUAGCUCAUCUAAGUGAAAUCAUGCAGUAUUUGUUCUCUUUGACUAGGUUAUUUGUCUCCCUUAGCAUAAUGUCUUUUAGCAUAAGUCUCAACCAUCUUGUCACAUGUUGCAGGAUUUCCCUCUUUUUUAGGUUAGUAUUCCAUUUCAUACAUACAUACACAUACACACACACCACAUUUUCUUUAUCCAUUCCUCUGUCAUUGGACAUUUAGGCUAUUGUGGAUAAUGCUUCAGUGAACAUGGGAGUACAGAUGUCUCUUUGACCUCUCAAUUUCAGUUCCUUUCAGUGCAUAUCUGGAAGUGAGAUUGCUAGCUCAUAUAGUGAUUCUAUUUUUAAUUUUUUGAGAAAACCCCAUACCAUUUUUCAUAAAGGUUAUACAGUUUUGCAUUCCUCAAAACAAUGUAUAGAGUUCAAGUUUCUCCACAUCCUCACCAGUGCUUGUCUUUCUUUUGGCGGUCCCGUCCCGACAGAUGUGAGGUGGUGUUGCACUGUGGCUUUGCUUUGCAUGUUCCUGCUUCCUUUUUUAUUUCUCUUGGUCUCUGCCUUUCACACUGAAGGCCUUCCUCAGUUGUCUGUGAUACAGGAGUUAAGAAUAAAUUACUUAGGCAGAUAGUGAGGGUAUGGAAGUCCUCAGUAAGGUUUUCCUUUUAAUGAAAAGCAGCCCCAGUUCAUUUUCCUUUCUAACAAAGAACAGCCAGUGAAAUCAAGCUGCAGACAUAGAUGCUGGCAGUUGUGCCAAUCAUGGUCAAAAUGGUGGCCCCAUCUUGCCUUCUCUUUAUCAGCCACAUGUAAGUAAGGAGCAGACAAGAUGGUGCCAGUCAAUGGAAAAGUUCAUUUGCGUAAUAAGAAUAGGAUGGCAUGGCUAGCCUUCCCUGUGGGCUGUUUAAAUGUCAUACCUGAUUGAACCAAUCUGUUAGCCCUAUGUCAAUCAGACACCGCAGCCUCAAACCUGACUAUAAAAUCCAGGGCAUCUGCCACCUGCUGGUCCUUUCUGCUUGGCAACCUGUCUGUCUAUACAGAGAGCUAUUUCUCUUUCUCUUCUCUUCUGCCUACUAAAUCUCUGCUCCUGAACUCCUCUUGUGUUUCCACAUCCUAAAUUUUCCUGGCACAGAUGAACCCCAAAGUAUAUGCCCAAGACAACGUAGCCACUUCAUCUGUUGGUGAGUUGUUGCCCCUUCAUAAACUCCUUACACAUGGAUGUGACUGAUAGGCCUUUUUGUAGGGUGAUCCAUCUUAUUUUAGUGGAAUUCUUCAGCUGUAAGUGUAUAUAGUUAUUUCCUGAUAUAUUAGGUUAUCCAUAUUUACCUGGUAAAACUCGAAAUCUGUUUAAGAAUGAGAAAGUCUUAAAUUCUGCUCGUCUUCUGUCCAAAUUGGUUGCUUCCCUGCGCCAGAGUGAGCAAAGGCCAACAUGUCAGGGUGGGAGUCCUAUUACAAAACUGAGGGCGAUGAAGAAGCAGAAGAACAGGAAGAGGAGAACCUUGAAGCAAGUGGAGACUACAAAUAUUCAGGAAGAGAUAGUUUGAUUUUUUUGGUUGAUGACUCCAGGGCUAUGUUUGAAUCUCAUAGUGAAGAUGAGUUGACUUCUUUUGACAUGAGCAUCCAGUGUAUCCUAAGUGUGUACAUCAGUAAGAUCAUAAGCAGUGAUUGAGAUCUCUUGGCAGUGGUGUUCUAUGGUACUGAGAAAGACAAAAAUUCAGUGAAUUUUAAAAAUAUUUACGUCUUACAGGAGUUGGAUAAUCCAGGGGCAAAACGAAUUCUAGAGCUUGACCAGUUUAAGGGGCAGCAGGGACAAAAACGCUUCCAAGAGCUGAUGGGCCACGGAUCUGACUACUCACUCAGUGAAGUGCUGUGGGUCUCUGCCAACUUCUUUAGUGAUGUCCAGUUCAAGAUGAGUCAUAGGAGGAUCAUGCUUUUCACCGAUGAAGACAACCCCCACGGCAAUGACAGUGCCAAAGCCAGCCAGGCCAGGACCAAAGCCGGUGAUCUCCAAGAUACAGGCAUCUUCCUUGACUUGAUGCACCUGAAGAAACCUGGGGGCUUUGACAUAUCGUUGUUCUACAGAGAUAUUAUCAGCAUAGCAGAGGAUGAGGACCUCAGGGUUCACUUUGAGGAAUCCAGCAAGCUAGAAGACCUGUUGUGGAAGGUUCACGCCAAGGAGACCAGGAAGCGAGCACUUUGCAGGUUAAAGCUGAAGCUCAACAAAGAUGUAGUGAUCUUUGUCCACAUUUAUAAUCUGGUCCAGAAGGCUCUCAAGCCUCCUCCAAUAAAGCUCUAUCGGGAAACAAAUGAACCAGUGAAAACUAAGACCUGGACAUUUAAUACAAGUACAGGUGGUUUGCUUCUGCCUAGCAAUACCAAGAGGUCGCAGAUCUAUGGAAGUUGUCAGAUUAUACUGGAGAAAGAGGAAACAGAAGAGCUAAAGCGAUUUGAUGAUCCAGGUUUGAUGUUCAUGGGCUUCAAGCCCAUGGUAAUGUUGAAGAAGCACCAUUACCUGAGACCCUCCCUGUUCGUGUACCCAGAGGGGUCUCUGGUGAUUGGGAGCUCAAUUCUGUUCAGUGCUCUGCUCAUCAAGUGUCUGGAGAAGGAGGUCGCAGCAUUGUGCAGAUAUACACCCCGGAGGAACAUCCCCCCUUAUUUUGUGGCUUUCGUGCCACAGGAUGAGGAGUUGGACAACCGGAAAAUUCAGGCCACUCCUCCAGGCUUUCAGCUGGUCUUUUUACCAUUUGCUGAUGAUAAAAGGAAGAUGCCCUUUACUGAAAAGAUCAUGGCACCUCCAGAGCAGAUGGACAAGAUGAAGGCUAUUGUUGAGAAGCUCUGCUUCACAUACAGAAGUGACAGUUUUGAGAACCCCAUGCUGCAGCAACACUUCAGGAACCUGGAGGCCUUGGCCUUGGAUUUGAUGGAUCCUGAACAAGCAGUGGAUCUGACAUUGCCCAGGGUUGAAGCAAUGAAUAAAAGACUGGGUUCCCUGGUGGAUGAAUUUAAGGAGCUUGUUUACCCACCAGAUUACAAUCAUGAAGGGAACGUUACCAAGAGAAAACACGAUAAUGAGGGUUCUGGAAGCAAAAGGCCCAAGGUGGAGUUUUCAGAAGAAGAGCUGAGGACCCACAUUAGCAAGGGCACACUGGGCAAGUUCACUGUGCCCAUGCUGAAAGAGGCGUGCCGGGCAUAUGGGCUGAAGAGUGGGCUGAAGAAGCAGGAGCUGCUGGAAGCCCUCACCAAGCACUUCCAGGACUGACCAGAGGCCGCACACCCAGCCAUCCUUCCACAGUGUGGCCAGGCUGCCUGGCCUUGUUUUCAGCCAGUUAAAAUGUGUUUCUCCUGAGCUAGAAAGAGUCUACUCAACAGAAGUCGAGGGACUCUAUGUUUUUGAGGCUUUCUGUUGCCAUGGUGAUGGUAACCCUCCCACUUUGCUGUUCCUUACUUUACUGCCUGAAUAAAGAGCCCUAAGUUUGUACUAGAAAAAAAAAAAGUAAGUCUUAAAUUCUAGGAACAUUAGACAUUGCAUUGAAUUCUCAUGGAAUUGGAACUUCUGAAAGCUUAUUAAUUAUUUUUAACUAUGAAUGUUUCCUGUUUGUGAUAUUUUUGGUCUGGGAGAUUUUGUUGGAGGAAUUGGGACCAGAGUUCUUGUCCUUUUUGGGAUGGGGAGAGUGUUGUUUCAAGAGCAUUAAAUUUCCACUGCUCCCAAGUUCACCACAAUUUAGGAGCUAAAGUGGUUUAAACCGACAUAUUACAGCCUAUGCCCUCUUCUUAUGGUAGAAUUACUAGCCACUUAUGUGGUUGAGAACUACUAAGUGAUACUUCAUUACUGUGAUCCUUAAUUAGGAUGAAAUAAUGGGUCAUUUUCUUCAUUCUCAUAAACUUAGUUGUUGGGAAACCAUUUUAUAUAAAAAUAAUUUAAAUGUUUUUAAUUCAAGUAAAAAGUAGGCAGAUAUUGCAGAGAAAAUUCAGUGUAUUCAUUGAAAGAACAGUGAUGGAUGUUUUCUCAAAAUCGUUUUAACAGUAGAUGCUAAGGGUCUUGUGAAGUGAGAAAAAAUGCAUUUAGCCUUAUGGUUUAAAUUCAUAAAAUGUGACAAUUUAUUUCAGAACUACCAAAGCUAAUAAAAUUAAAAAGCUUGCACAUUACUUUUCAUUAGUGUGAUUGUAUUAAGUGUGGGUAGUUUCUUUUAUUACAUUAAAACAAAAGAAAACUAUUAGGCUACAAAGAGUCCGUUUAUCUGUUUCCUUAAUUUAAAAGUAAAACAUAUAUUAUUCUAAUUAUAUGCAUUAAUGUUGAAUGUUACCUUCAUAAGGUAACAUAGGCUCAUAUUCCUACUGCCAACAGCAUCUGAUUACUUUGCACCAUAUGGCUGCAGUGGUGUGUAUGGAAAGAAAGCCAGCCGGGGACCUAGCCAGGCUCAACCAUACUGCUCUUUAGUGGUGUGACCUUAUGCAGGAUUCUUAACUUCUUUGCUUGAAAAUUUUCUCAGCUGUGAAGUGUGGGCCUUCUAUACCAUGGUCCCUUAGCAUCCUUCUCUUUGUAAUAUUUCCUCAUUGUAUGACAAAUUAUGUCUAUAUUGGUAAUUCUUUUUCAGUUAGUAAAUAAUUCAAAUGUUUUCUAUGUAUGUAUGUGCAUAUCUACAUACAUAAUAUAGUUAAAAAUACAUAAACACAUAUAGUUAAAACACCACUCUCACUCAAAAUAGAUUUAUAGAGCUACAUUUGCUAAUGGAUCCUCUUAAGUUCUUGCAGAUAUUCUCAUGCAUGUGUCAAUAUUUGCACAUAAAUCAUUAUCCAGGUACUUUUCAGUUUUUUCUCACAUCUUAAAAAUG